UGACCCACUCCUUUCUCUUUGCUCCGUGGCAUGUUGCAACACAAGCUACUCACAGCGGCUGGUUUUCUCUCUAUCCCGCGGCUGUGAGCACCGACAUGAAUGGACAAAGACAGGAGUAGGGCCAACGGGAUGUUGAGUGAGCGGAUCCAACGAGUGAUUCGUGGCUUCAGAAGUGUCCAAGCCACAGAGGUCACCUCGAGUCAGAAAUGUUCCAGUGCAGUGAUCGUCUGGUGGAUUCACACAGGAUCAAUGUAUGAAGUCUUGGAAGCCCUAGAUCUUCAUAGUAAAAUGACAUAAAUGUUCUUCGAAAUCUCCAUGAGGAUGUGCAAAGGCAUGUCACUGGUGAUGUGAUCUGAGGGGAGAGGGAAUGCAGACUCGUCAGCUAUAGCGUGUAUGUGAGCGUGAUGCCCAGGCGGGGGUUGCCGCUCCAGGGCCGGGCCCGUUGGCUCUUUCUGGGGCUCUUCCUGCUGCUGGUGCUGCUGCUGUUCGCAUACCUGCUGGAGUGCACCCCUCCGGCGGACGUCAGCCUGGCCCUGCCCGGCCUCGCCGGAGAGGCCUACGGGAAGGAGUAUUACCAGGCCCUGCUGCAGGAGCAGGAGGAGCGCCACCUGAACCGCGCCGCCAGUCUCAAGCGGCAGAUCGCCCAGCUCAAGCAGGAGCUGCAGGAGAUGAGCGAGAAGCUGAAGCUGCUGCAGGACAAGAGGGAGCCGCCGGGGGUGCAGGGCCUGGCCGAGGCCAAAGACCAAGAGCCGGGGGACCUGCUGGAGUACCUGCACUCUCAGAUCGACAAGGCUGAGGUCAACACGGGGGCACGGCUGCCCAGCGAGUACGCCCUGGUGCCCUUUGAGAGUUUCACUUCGUCCAAGGUGUAUCAGCUGGAGAUGGGGCUGACUCGGCACCCGGAGGAGAAACCGGUGCGCAAAGACCGCAGGGACGAGCUGGUGGAGGCCGUCGAAGCCGCACUGGACAUCAUCAACAACCCGGACGAGGAGGACGGCGUUGAUGACGACAUGCCGAUGCAGAGACAAACCUACACAGAGGGUCACUUUAUCGAGGGACUGUACAGGACGGAGCGAGACAAAGGGACGCUAUACGAGCUCUUCUUCGCCAAAGAGGAUUCCAGCAGCUUCCGUCACGUCACGCUCUUCAGGCCCUUCGGUCCCUUGAUGAAAGUCAGGAGCAUGUCCGUGGAUACGUCGGGAAUGAUUAUCAACAUCAUUGUGCCGCUGGCGGGCAGAGUGGAAACGUUCUCACAGUUCUUACACAACUUCAGGGAGGUGUGCAUUCAGCAGGACAGACGCGUGCACCUCACAGUGGUGUAUUUUGGACAGGAAGGUCGACAGGAGGCAAAGGCAUCGCUGGAAAAAAUGUCACGGGAGGAGAACUUCUCCAAUUACACUCUGAUCCCAGUGGACGAGGAGUUUUCAAGAGGUCGGGGUCUGGACAUCGGAGCCCAUGCCUGGAAGAAAGGCGACGUCUUGAUGUUCUUCUGCGAUGUUGACAUCCAUUUCACGCUGGAGUUCCUGAACGCCUGUCGUCUCCAGGCUGCUCCAAACAAGAAGGUCUUCUAUCCAGUGGUGUUCAGUCUGUACAAUCCCGCCAUAGUCUAUGGGAAUUUGGAGCUGGCUCCACCUAUUGAACUCCAACUGAUUCACAAAAAGGAUGCUGGAUUCUGGAGAGAUUUUGGGUUCGGAAUGACGUGUCAGUAUCGGUCAGAUUUCCUAAAUAUUGGAGGGUUCGACCUCGAAGUGAAAGGCUGGGGUGUGGAAGACGUCCACUUGUACCGGAAGUAUCUCCGGAGCGACCUGAUAGUCAUGCGGACUCCAGUGUCGGGCCUUUUCCACCUGUGGCACGAGAAGCAGUGUGCGGACGAGCUGACGCCCGAGCAGUACCGCAUGUGCAUCCAGUCCAAAGCCAUGAACGAGGCAUCCCACUCUCACCUGGGCAUGCUGGUUUUCCGCGAGGAGAUCGAGGCUCACCUACGCAAGCAGGCCUUCAAGACUCAGGGCAAGGCGGAAGACUGAGCGAGCCUCCGACGCACCUGACGUCAUUCCGGUGUUAAGACUGUGAUGUGCUGACAAUAUGGACGUGAAUACAGCAAAGACACGUUUACACGGAUCCUUCUGCAUUUCACCGCGCAGAUGUAGACAAAUGAAUGUACAGAAACGAGCCUUGAUCAAAUUUCAAACUCUCACUGGAGCCUGACAGCCAGAUCGAAAGUACACGAUCGAGUUGGUAAUAUUUAACCUGCUGAAGGAAAAUUUACACACAUAGAACGAGCAAUACAUCUCUUUAGGAUUCAGGCGGGACGUUUCAUUUUACAUUUUGCAGUCAUUUCAGUUCGCAUGCAAAACCUUCCAGCUUCAUCCAGUUUCUUCACCACAUCCUACACCUUCUCUGCUGCAGAAGUACCGUUUCACUGCUGAAUGUGAAUGUGUGGAAAAACAAGGUCAGACCAACCAGCCAUCAGUGGCGAGUGGAAAAGCAAAAAGUCACAAAAUGCUGACAUGUCUAAAUUAAAAACCGAGUCAUUUGCUGCAGACAAAAGGAAUAGUAAGAAGUUGCACUUCCUCAAAAUGAAAAUUUAUAAAGUCAGUUAACCUCUAGUGAUUCUAAACUUUAUCUUUAGAUCCAAGCAAUAUUUCACAAUCCAGUAAAGUAUUAGCAGGUGUUUAUGGAGCCAUAUUGUUAUGUUGGUGUUUUAUAUUUGUAUAUUACACAGUAUGUUCUGGUCGUUUCAGACGUGGUAACAAAAAAGGGACCUUUUCUUUGUGUUUUAUGUGACAGACAAGUCACUAUCUAACUUUUUCAUCUUUGCUGAUGACGGUUGUGUGAUCAGUCCAUGCAUGUUGAUGAAUUAGUUAAAGAGCCAUGGAGCAAAGAUCUGCUUACAGCAUGAUGCAGCGCUGCGAUGUCAGGACUCUGACGACCAGCGUUAUUGUCCAAGACAUUGGUCACCCGCAGCACUAUGAUUCCUAAUACUGGACUGAGAUUGAAUGUAAAUACUUUUCUAAUACACUUUUCCUUUGUAUCAUACAUGUGACGUGUGUGUGUGGAUACUUAUGUCAUACGUGCCUAAAUUGACGGGACACGUUGAAGAAACUGUUUUGGAAAAUGUUUGAAAAUGUGUUGACGGCUGUAGGUUUGUUAAUUUUAUUAGACGUUUUACAGCUGAAGAGUCAAGAUGUCAGGUAGAAGGUGACAAGAAAGCGGGUUGUUCUCACAUCUCAUCCUGUACUUAUUUUUAAUCAACCUUUUUUUUUUUUUACAGGUAUUACAGCUUUUUGUAGUCAGUGUCCGUGCCCUGCAGGAGAAACGUUCUACUUCCCUCUCGGCAGACGCCACAAUUCAAACGGCAAGAACUUGCGCAAGGAAAAUGAUUUAUUUGACAUUUUGGCCAUGAAAUCAAAUUUCUGCAUUAACUGCUGCUAUGUCAUUUCUGCAGUUGCCAUUUGAUUCAUUGAUACACACUUUCUGUAAACUUGACCAGUUCUAUAAUUUAUACUAUAAAAAGUUAAUAAACACGUCAAGUGUCUCUA